AUGCCUCAAACUGCGUUUCCAACCAAGAGGCAAGUUGUGGGUGGUAGUAGUUCAAGGGCAUUUAUGAAAAGAAGUGUUCCUCAGAGCUAUGGAAGCCAGAAGAAUCGCCCCUGUAGCAAGUUUGGUAAGCCUCAUCAUGGAGUAUGCAGGGUAAAGACUGGUAGCUGUUUCCGGUGUGGGAAGACUGGCCACUACGUCAAGGACUGUCCUAUGGGUACUACAGAGGGUCAAAAAGCACUAGCCGCCAGUUUUCAGCCCAAGCGACCUACUCAGGCACGUGUCUACUCUCUUACUCUAGAAAAUGUUGCAACUGAAGGGAACAACGUCAAUGUCGUCACAGGUACUAUUCCUUUGUAUGGUAAGCUUGCUUGUGUAUUGUUUGACUCGGGUGCCACACAUUCAUUCAUUUCAUCCACAUAUUUGAAGCUAUGUAAUUUGAGUACAAGAUCACUAGAGCGAAACAUAAGUGUGUCUACACCUAUUGGUAGUGCAGUGACAUGUAGGAAAUGUGUAGAGAAUUGUCCUAUUCUUGUAGGAGGGAGGACUCUACCGGCUAAAUUAGCGGUGUUUGGGAUGCUUGGAUUCGAUAUCAUUCUUGGUAUGGAUUGGCUUGCAAAGUAUGGAGCCAAGAUCGAUUGUCAGAAGAAGGAAAUAGUGUUUCAUACAAGUGGUAAUGAAAAAUUCAGAUUUUGUGGGUCUAGUGUACGAGCUACUCCGCCACUUCUCUCAGCAGUCUAA